AUGUUACUAGAUAUAGUAUUAUUUGUUGUUUCAAUCCUUCUCAUAUUAGGAUCAGCAAACCUGCUCACCGAUGGUGCAGCAGGCUUGACACGACGUUUGGGAAUAAACCCCUUAGUUAUAGGGCUGACGAUUAUAGCUUUUGGGACUUCAGCACCCGAGCUGGUAGUAAGUCUUAGCUCUGCUCUGAAGGGCAGUGGCGAUAUUGCCCUUGGGAACGCUAUAGGAAGCAAUAUAUUCAACAACCUUGCAGUCAUUGGUAUCACAGCUAUGAUAAGUCCUCUGGCCGUUAAGAGCAGUACGAUCAAGAGAGAAAUCCCCUUGCUAUUCCUAGGCUCUCUUGUGCUUGCUGUAAUGCUCCUAGAUAAUCUCUUUGGACAAAGUUUAGGCAGCCUCAUACUGACAAGAGGAGAGGGGUUAACUCUACUUGCUUUCUUUGCGAUUUUCUUGGCUUAUAGCCUUGCCAUUGCUAAAGAUGACAGUAAUUUGCCCAUCUCUCCAGACUCUGAAAGCUCGCAGACAGAAGAUAAAAGUAAUACUGAACGCCCCCUCUAUUGGCUAAUUAUCUUCAUUAUACUAGGUCUUGCAGGAUUGGUUUUCGGCGGGGAUCUAUUCGUCUCAUCAUCUGUAAACUUGGCACGAAUCUUUGGAGUCUCUGAAGGAAUGAUAGGACUAACGAUUGUAGCCCUAGGGACUUCAUUACCCGAGCUUGCGACAGCUAUUAUAGCCGCCCUAAAGAAAGAACCUGAACUUGCAAUGGGUAAUGUCGUUGGAUCAGGAAUCUUUAAUAUAUUCUGCAUCUUAGGGCUUACCGCUAGCGUUAGUCCAUUUGAGAUUAAGGAUAUUAGCACCGUAGACAUUAUCAUACUCGUCUUAUCCUCUAUGCUACUCUAUUUGUUUGGGGCAUUUUUUGGGGAUAAGGUCAUCAAACGCUGGGAAGGGGCAAUGUUAGUCUUAUUUUUCCUUGCCUACAACGUCUAUCUAAUUGGGACAGUUUAA